UCUCAAGUAUUUGAGCGAGCUAGUUUGGAACCACCCACUUGAACCGGAACCUUUUCCAUCAAACGGCUACGUCGGUUACAAUGCAGCGCUGUAUCUUUAACGAGACCAGAGUAGUAUUCGAAUAGUUCUAAAAUGAUUAAAACGACAUUGCAGAUUUGGUUCAAAUUGUAAGGCAACAGCCGACGGUAAACCUGGAGAUUGCGUGGGCAGAGCAGAUUUCUGGGUCCGCCGGGGGAUUUGGCUCAGGGGGAGUAGCCUAGCAUUCGGAUGUAUUUGUUCCUUCUAGUUUUAAAUGGCUCUAUGUUACAGCUGCCUCAAAUCAGGACCGGGCAAGGGUGUGUAAUCGAACGGAUAUUUCUGCAGUUCUUUCUACCCGCGCGCUGACAACGAAUCCGCGUUUACGCCCUAUCUCUCUCAUCCGUCUGUUUCGUGAUCGACUAGGAAGACGCUGACGGAAAAUAUACUUUAGCCUUUCUAGCCUACUACAGGGACCUAACGAUGGGGAACACCACCUCCUGCUGCGUAUCGUCGAGCCCCAAGAUCCGGAGAAAUGCCCAUUCGAGGCUAGAAUCCUACCGCCCCGAAGCAGAGCUGAGUAGAGAGGAUACGGGCUGCAACCUACAACACAUCAGCGACAGGGAGAAUAUGGACGAUCUGAACAUGGAGUACAACCCUUCAGACCAUCCCAGAGCCAGCACCAUAUUUCUCAGCAAAUCCCAGACAGAUGUUCCUGUCCCCAAUAAGAAAGUGCGAGAAAAACGGAAGAGCAUCUACAUCAAUCAUUUAACACACAUUUCGGAGAAUAAGCACCAUACUGCUCCAGUCAGACGGGAGUACAGCUCCUGUUCCACCAUCCUCCUAGACGACAGCACCGUCAGUCAGCCCAACCUCAAAUACACCAUCAAGUGUGUAGCCCUGGCGAUAUACUACCACAUAAAGAACCGAGAGAUCGAUGGGAGAAUGGUAUUAGAUAUUUUUGAUGAAAAGCUUCAUCCACUUACGAAAUUGGAGAUUCCUGCGGACUAUGAAAAGCACGACCCGGAGCAGAAACAGAUCUAUCGUUUUGUCCGUACGCUGUUCAGCGCGGCACAGCUCACUGCAGAGUGUGCUAUCGUCACACUGGUGUACCUGGAGCGCCUGUUAACUUAUGCAGAGAUAGACAUCUGUCCAGUCAACUGGAAACGUAUCGUCCUGGGAGCCAUCCUGCUGGCGUCCAAGGUGUGGGACGACCAGGCUGUGUGGAACGUAGACUACUGCCAGAUCCUGAAAGACAUCACUGUGGAGGACAUGAAUGAGCUGGAGCGUCAGUUUCUGGAGCUGCUGCAGUUCAACAUCAAUGUUCCGUCUAGUGUUUACGCUAAGUACUACUUUGACCUGCGCUCCAUGGCCAAGGCCAACAACCUCAGCUUCCCUCUGGAGCCACUGAGCAGGGACAAGGCUCAGAAACUAGAGGCCAUCUCCAGGUUGUGUGAUGACAAGUAUAAAGACUUGAGGAAAGCGGCCAAGAAGAGGUCUGUGAGUGCAGACAAUCUGACGGUGGUGAGGUGGAAUCCGGCCAUCAUAUCGUAACAGCAGCCUACACCACCAGGAGGAGGACAGAGCAUCCACCAUGACGGAGACAUGACAUGGCUGCACGGCCUGGGAGGUCAAGGGUUAGGGCAGGAGAACUUAGACUCAGAAUUCAGAUAGUUGUCCGGUUGCGUCUGUGUGGUUGUUUCACACAGAAAGGACCUGCUGGCACUUUUGUGGAUAAUAAGUGUUAUUGUUGUUCUGAUGGUCCACCUUUCUACUGUACAUACAAGAUGUCCCUUUGGUUGUCUGAAGUUGAACUUGAGUCCUACAGGUGACUUGGUGACCAAUACGUUUCCACUGGCAGAAGAGCAGGAGCCAGAUGGGAAAAGAUUAAAAGAACAUUGGAAAGAUCAAAAGACAGUGGAACGAUUUGAAAAAUCCUAGAAUAAUAACCCAUGACUCAAAUAACACAAUUCCAAUAGCCAUUUUAAAGGUUGACUGUCUUGUAUAGAGGAGAAAUCGGUUGGGUAUACUUUGUACAUUCCUAUGAUUUUUAAGGAUUUCAGCAAAUUCCUCUCUAAAGCACAAUGUUUUUUUCCCAGGUAACAGGCAAACCUAAUUUGUAUGCAUUCCUGAAAUAUAGAAAUGUCUCUGCUUUCCUUGGAGGAAGUAAAAAGUGCUCAUCAAGUAUUGUUCUUACUGUGUUUGGUUGCAAUGAAAUCAAACUGCCAAGUUACAAACCCUCAAGGGUUUCUUUCUCCGUAACGUUCAACAAACUGCACCUGUGUUUGAGUUUAAAAUGGCAACUGUUUUUUACUUAAAUUUACAUAAAGACACCAAGAGAGGGAAAGUGAAGUGAGAGAUAUACAGUAGAGAAAGAGGAAGACAGACAUUUGAAGAAUAACUUCAUUAGGGCGAGAAGACUGAGAAAUGAAGUUCAGUUGAAGGUGAACAAAAUUAUCUUUACAGACAAAAAUAAUUGCAUUCUAUCUCUAGCUAUACCAAUUUGCCACUGAGUGAUGAUUAUCUAAAACUAUUUCACACAUUAGUUCCUUCUCUCUCUUCCUCAUGGCCAAAAUGAUAGACUAUGUCCCAAAUGGCAGCCUUUUCCCUAUAUAGUGCACUACUUUUGACCAGGGCCAUAGGGUGCCAUUUGGGAUACUGCCACAGUGAAACAUUCCAGUGAACAUUCCCUUGUUGAGAUGCGUCCGCUCACUCCAAGCAAUAUUCAUGUACCACUUUGUUUCAUGCCAGGUCUUGAAUGACGUACAGGGAUGAGUUUGAAUGACAAGCACUCGAAUAGAAAGGAGAAAAGCAGCUUCCAAGAACAGGAAGUAACUAUAGUGUAAGUAAGACAAAAUGGUAAGUUUGAACAUCCAUAUAGUGGAUUCACUGCCAUUGUUCUGAUUUGUGGUGCCUGUAACAUGCUAGUGUAACAUGAAGACCUUCCUUUUUACUUUUUAAAGUGCAACGGGGGUUACAUUCUUUUCUUGAAUGUUUAUUUUUUUAAAUUACAGAUCUUCCAACUUGUAAAGAAACAGCACAAACGUAAUUUCAGCAAACCAAUUUGCAUGAUGAUUCUUCAGUAUAUUGGAAAUGUAUUUCUAAAAACGUACUACAGUGUAUAAGAAAAAAAUAAUGUUUAUUGAUUAACAGUCACUGUUCACAAAAGCAUUAACAAUAAAUAAAAUAUAGUUAUUUAGCAAAUUAAUUGAUUUUGUACAGUGUAUAUAAGAUAUCAGUGUGCAGACAAAGAGCACACUAACUUUCAAACAAGGAGAAUUGUGGUGAAAUAUUUAUAAAUAUCUGAUCAGUAUUUACAUUAGGAAAAAAUUGCAAUGUCUUAUUAUACCAGAUAUGAAGAGAGUUUAGAACUAUGGAAUAUAUGGAAGCUGGUAUUAAUUCAUCUAGAGUCUAGAUAGUAAAACCAUUGGAAGGAAUUUGAAUCUUUGUCAGGAUCUUUUCUUUCAUAUCAAGUUUGCAUAGCUCAGAUAAACUACAAUGAAUGAUGGGUUCAUGUGUGUUGACACUCAAACAUUGAAUUGAGACAGUUCAGUUAGACUCAUCUUAUCAUACAUACAUUUUCUGUGACAUAUUAAUUAUGUUUUCAAUGUUACAUGGUUUUAUGAUAUCCCUGUUGCAAAACCGGGUAUGUAAGUGCAACAUUCCUCUUGUUCUAGAUUUUAUUUUAAAGUUGUUGAGUUUAUGGUGUUUCCCCACUCUUAAGCAUUCUUAACUAUUGAAAAGAUAAAAGCAAUUCCUUAUCAAAGGUCUCUACAGUUGUUGUUUUCAUAGUCUUAUUUGAUAGCAUUCCGUGAAUACCAAUCAGCAUUCUUUCCAACCAUUCAUCAGGACCAACUAUCUGCCAGAUGUUUCACUUUCAUAUGUAAAAAGGGAUGGAUUUGUACCAAAGUAUCAAAUAAUUAGCCUUUGAAUAUGUGUUGCUGUGAUAUAAUAGAUCCCCUUUGCAUGUGAUCGGAAUGGUAUAAGGACUCUGAAAUGGAACUGUUGGAAUGGUAUGGCCUUGGAAACAGAACAGUUGGAAUGAUGUAGGGACCCUGAAAUGGAACUGUUGCGUUCUAUGGAGCUGUGACUGUGAGCAACUGAAGUGCAAAUGUCUUCGGGGAAUAAAGAAACAGGUGUUGUCGUGAUGAGACAGUAGAGGUAUUUUUAAGAUUGUAUAUCCUAUUUAUUGUACGUGUGUGUGCAUACAGUCUGAUGUUGGUUCCUAGAAAUGAAAGUGGACUCGUCAUGCUCUAUGGGCCCGAGCCUGUGGUAUAACCUAGGCUAGUGACCUGUGUGAUAGUCGUGUGCACUAAACUCUACCUCUGCAUAGAGUUUUUACUUCUUCUACCUUUUCUCUUUCUAUCUCUUCUAUGACAAUUUUAGGAUUUACAAAUUCAACUCUCAGUUGUCAAUGAUUUCCUGUGCUAAUGAAAGAAACUGCUGUAGUUGUGUGAACUCUGUUUUUAUGUUUUGUUUAUAGUUUAUUUCUGGGAUUCUGUUGUUAUUUGUUCCUGUUCUCAGUUUGCCCAAUGUGGUUAAUCUGUAUCUUUUGAGGACUAAUCUCUUAGUUAAUUGUAGGCUACGUUCUAUUUGGCAAAGAAGUGAUUCCAGUACCAUGAACCCUAAAAGACUAGAGGCUAAAUAAGCCCCAGUCUCUCUCCCUGUAUGAUCUGUUCUAUGAUUUUAGUUGAACUGAUGCGCCCAGUUCAGAAGCAAUGUUUAGAAACCUGCACAAUAAAUAAACGUUUAAUCCUUGCAAUAAAAAUACCAUUGUAUCACUUUA